UGUGCGGUUUCAGCCGGAACAUUGCAGAACAAAUAAUUAUCCCUCUCUUGGCUGGUGCUGUCCCACUUAUAACAGGACACUCGAAUGGUGAUAUCACACUGCCCAUCUCUCUCCCUGUGGGCAAAGACAAGGCAAGUAGAAGAUUUAAAGCCCUUUUAAACCUUCCAACACAAAGAAAUGACUGAGCAGUCAGUGACCUAUGUGGACCUCAGAUUUCAUACUCCUGCAGAGCAGAAGAGAAAACGAAGACCAAAGCACACCAGGAUCAUAGAAACCAGCGAGCAGGAAAUAACCUACUCUGAUCUGAAGUUUCACACUCCUUCAAAGCAGCAGAGGCAACAAAGACCUACAAGUGCAGAGAGCAAAAAAUCUCCUUCUCCAUCUUCACCAUGGCUCAUUACAGUGAUUCUGGGGCUCCUCUGCCUGGCUUUGCUAGUAACUGCAAGGGUUUUGGGUGCCAAAUUUCUCCAGGCUUCCCAUCAAGUGAGAGGACACAAUGAGGAACUUAUCCAGAAACAGGCUAUUCUGAAAAACUUCACCCAAUUGCAGGAAACCCUGAAAAACUGCAUGCAGCAAAGAGAUGAUCUCCAAGCCAAUAACACAGAACUCUCAAAUGUUGUGAAUAGGGAAGGAGAUAAAAGCAGCUCUUGCCCUGAGGGCUGGAUACAGCAUAGAGGGAAGUGUUACCAUUUUACUAAUGAAUGGAGCUCCUGGCAGAAGAGUCGAGAAUACUGCUUGUCUCAUGGCUCCAGACUGCUGAGGAUAGAGAACAAGGAAGAACUGGAUUUCAUAAACAGUCUGGCGUGUUUUCACUGGAUUGGACUAUUCCGUAGGGGACCUGCUACAAGCUGGAUUUGGGAGGAUGAUACAGCUUAUUCCACUAACCUGUUCCAAGUAAAGAAGAACAAGCCUGGAGAGUCCUGUGUACUUUUGAAUGCAGGAGAAGCCUCCUCCUAUAAUUGUGCACAGCGAUAUCGCUGUAUUUGUGUGAAGAGAGCUGCUUAGUUGAAGCCUGAGGAUCACAGCAUCCGAAACACAUAUCCUGGGAUUUUCCAAAGACAAAAAGAAAUCACUUCAAUUUGCUGUGUUACCAUCAGACUGAGGGGCUGCAGUUUCAGGCGAUAAAACAGACCGUCAAGAAGCAGGGCAGAGACCCCAAACUGGAAUCUUCUCCAGCCAACCAGAGCACUCCCACCAUACUGAAUGACUGUCAUUCCCAUCUGGGAGUUGAUUUCAG